AUUAAGUGCACUCUUUCGGUUCGUGUGGAUUGGUUGUUGGCAAAAGAAAGCUGCAUAUUAAUCGAGUACCGUACCCUGCCAAAUGGCAGCAACUCCACUUUCCAGUGUUGCACAUCCAAUGCUGACGGAAUAUGUUAUUAAAAAACUUCAUAAAAAUCGCGUGUCUACAGUGUAUAGUUUCGUCAAGAUACAAUCGGAUCAACUUGUUAAAAUUUCCAACCUCCCCACCGAAAGCAUCCAGGACUUAAAAAACUUUUUAGUCCAUCGUUUUGCCGGUUGCUUCAUUGAUGCAGCAGAAAUCGUAGAGAAUGCGGAAGGUCUCGUGAGUACAGGAAUUCCGUCGCUGGACACAUUGCUCCAAGGCGGCUUGAUGCCAGGGCAGAUAUACGAGCUGUGCGGUACGUCGGGCAGUGGAAAAACGCAUCUCUGCAUGACACUGGCUGCUAAUGUAGCAUUUCGAGAUGCAUCCUCGGUGUACUUCAUCGAUACGAAAUGCGAUUUUUCCGCAACCAAGCUGCAGCACAUUUUGGAAAGACGACACAGUGAACUUUCUGAGCGGGGUUUGGGUCACACCAUGGCCCGGAUAAAAGUGGAACGGAUACUGUCCCCCCAGUUAUUGGUGCAAACUAUCGACGAGCUUGCGGCAGGGAAGCAUUUAAAGAGCGAAUCGAGGGUAAAACUACUCAUUAUCGAUUCCCUACCCUCGCUGUGGUACCUGUUCCAAGAUUCUAAAAGCUCCUGCCAACCGCUGGGACUGUUAACCAAACUCGUCUGCUCCUUGCGCAAGUUGGCCAACGAACACUCAAUCGCGAUAGUUGUUGUCAACCUGGCCGUACGAAUGAUUGACACAAUGGAUGUACCAAACGCCGGCAAACGUAGAUCAAAUGGUGGAGGUGGUUAUCCAGCUUUGGGUCGCUACUGGGAAAGUGUUCCCGGAACGAGACUGCAACUGUCCACGACGGACGAGUCGGAUACACGGAUGAUAAAAGUGUGGAAAAGUAACUACCUUCGAUCAGGCGACAGAAUCGAAGUUCGGAUAAAUGAUGCCGGCGUUGGGUGAACAAACAGGUUGACUUUGGGG